AUGAUAAAAUCAACGGCAACUGGGGAGGGUGGGGCAGCUGGGGAAGUUGUACCAAGCGUUGUGCCAGCGGAACAAAGAGUCGGUCUCGCUCCUGUAACAACCCAGCGCCAUCUGGUGGUGGAUCGCACUGCUCUGGUUCCUCUUCAAGUUCCACUUCCUGUAACACCCAUUAUUGCCCAAUUCACGGAAGCUUCACAGCCUGGUCUUCUUGGGGAAGUUGUUCGAAAACGUGUGCCAGUGGGACAAAAUCUCGAUCCCGAUCUUGUACGAACCCUAGUCCAGCAUACGGAGGAAACGGUUGUAGUGGAUCAACAACUAGCUCUACUUCCUGUAACACUCACAACUGUCCGAUACAUGGUAAUUGGGCCGCCUGGGCAUCCUGUGGAUCAUGCACGGUCACGUGCGGUGGUGGCACGAAGACCAGGUCCCGUACGUGCACUAAUCCCGCUCCUCAGUACUCAGGAAAUAAUUGUGCUGGAUCUUCAUCUUCUUCAACCACCUGUAAUACACACCAUUCUCCAAGUAUGUUUUUAGCUCACCUGAGCUGAAAGCUCAAGUAAGCUUUUCUGAUCACAUUUUGUCUGUCGUCCGUCUGCCCGUCCGUCUGUCUGUCUGUCCGUAAACUUUUCACAUUUUCAACAUCUUGUCAAGAACUACUGCGCCAAUUUGAACCAAACUUGGCACAAAUCAUUUUUAGGCAAAGGGGAUUCAAAGUUG